AGGUUAAGCAACUACAGAUCUCAGCUAAUCUGUUGUAAUCUGCUGUUACUAAAUGGAUGUCUACAUUCACAUUCACGGUGCACUGCACAUGAGUGCCUAGGAAUAAAGUUUCCAAUUUUUUUCAUAUCAGUUCUGCUGAGGGGAAGCCAUGUAUCUGUUUAUUUACUUCUACAUCCUUAUGAGCUUUUUUGAAGAAAUGAGUGCGUUUUGUCCUUCGCAAUGCACUUGCGUUUACCACGGCAGAAGUGAUGGCACUGGAACAAGGGCUGUGCUCUGUAACGAUCCUGAUAUGUAUGAGAUUCCUGUGAAUGUUCCUGUGGAUACUGUAAAACUUCGUAUAGAGAAAACCGUCAUACGAAGAAUCCCAACUGAAGCCUUUUACUACCUAGUAGAUCUCAAAUACCUGUGGGUGACUUAUAACUGUGUAGCCAACAUUGAUAUCAGCAGUUUCUAUAACUUGAAACAACUGCAUGAGCUACGUCUGGAUGGUAAUCUGCUCUCAACUUUCCCUUGGGAAUCGCUGGCAGAGAUGCCCAACCUACGGACUCUUGAUUUACACAACAAUAAAGUGACCAGCAUUCCUGCUGAUGCUGGCCGGUACCUGAAAAACCUCACCUACCUGGACAUAUCCAGCAAUAAGCUAACGACCUUGCCAUCAGAUUUGAUGGAUAUUUGGCCCCCCUUCUCAGGAGCUGCCCUGCCCAAGAACACAGACACUCUGGUGACCCAGCGAGUCAUUUUGGGUUUGCAGGACAACCCAUGGUUUUGUGACUGUCGCAUUUCAAAGCUAAUUGAAUUUUCCAAAAUUGUGGACAACUCAGUUGUACUUCUUGAUCCAUUGGUUUCAUGCAGUGGACCUGAGAGCCUAGCAGGAAUCUUGUUCCAGAGAGCUGAGUUAGAACAGUGUCUUAAACCAUCCGUGAUGACGUCGGCAACAAAAAUCACUUCCCCGCUGGGAAGCAACGUUCUGCUACGCUGUGAUGCGACUGGCUACCCAACACCACAGCUUACUUGGACUAGGUCAGACAAUAUACCAGUGAACUAUACAGUAAUUCAAGAAACACCUGGAGAGGGUGUCAGAUGGUCCAUAAUAAGCUUGACAGGGAUUUCAUACAAGGAUGCAGGAGAAUACAGAUGUAAAGCCAAGAAUUUAGCAGGAAUGUCAGAAGCUGCUGUUACCGUCACAGUGGUUGGUGUAGUUACUACAACUGUGUCACCACAGAAAUAUGGAAGGAAGCAAGAAGAAGAGAGGCAGAAUACUACUCAGGAGGAAUCCAAGCUUGAACCUGAGAGGACAACCACACCUCUUCCCACCACACCAACCACCACAACACUGGUUAGCACUGAAAGAUCUACAAGCGUGAGAUUUACCGACAAGAAGCAAUCCAGGCUUGUGUUUGAUGGAAAGAAAAAUUCAAAGGCAGUGACAAAUGGAAACAAAAAGCAGACUGGGGAGAUAAGCAAGAAAGGUGAGGAGACUUCACUGAAUACAGCAAGUGUGGCUGAACAAAAUGUUACUGUAAGGAACCUAAGAGUGAUUAGUGAAACUGAUGAAAGAGUGACCUUAACUUGGAAAACAGUCAAUGCCACAAGCAACUCUGCAGUGACUGUGUUAUACUCAAAGUAUGGUGAGAAAGAUAUGCUGCCUCUGAGCACUGAUCCCAGCAAAAACAAAGUCACAAUUGAUGGUUUGCAACCUAGUACUCAAUAUAUGGCAUGUGUUUCACCCAAAGGAGUGCCACCUACAACAGACCAGUGCAUUAUUUUCUCCACUGAUGGGUUAAAUGAUGAAAACAGCUCUCAGUUUUCUAUUCUGGUAUUGGCCAGCAGCGCAGCAUGUGUAGUUGUUUUACCUUUGAUAUUUUUCUUAUUCUACAAAGUUUUAAAACUUCAUGUAAAACCAAGAACUGCAAAGGAAGCUGACCUUGCAAGAGAGACCUAUGUGAAAUUUGAAACAUUGUCCCUGAAGCCUCGAACAGCGAAUGCAGGAGAGCAGCUCUGGGCACGAAGGUACACGAAUGAGUCGGAAAGACUUCUCCUUUGCUCUAGGUCAAGCAUGGAUUCUCAAAUGACCUUCAAAAGCGAGGGCUCUAGGUCUGAGUAUCUGUGUUGAAUAUGAGUGAGGGUGGACAAGAUGGAACAUGCAACAGGUAAACUUAAUGCAAAAUUAUGAUACUGCAUCUGGAAGCAGGUUGGUGCCAGGUGGUGGCCAGGAUAUUUUAUCUGAUGUAAUGCAGUCUGCUGGAUAGGUAGGAUGGUGGGUAGGAGGGAGAAUAGGAGAAAAACAUUGUCUGCUUACAUUCUUUUUUAAUGUUUGUGACUUUGGAUGUAAAGGAAUGAUGCUCUUUAAAAGAUAAGUACAGCAUGAAAUGGUUGCCAGGUUAAAGAACUUUUUUGUUUUCAUUAAAACGUUAUUCUGUUUUCUCUCAUUUAACUGUAUGGUGUGCUAUUGCAUGUAUCAAAUAUUAAUCACAACUUUCAUAAAAACUGUGUGCUUAAAAAUAAUAGGAAAGCAGUUUAAACUACUGUUGAGAUCAAAACUUUAUUUGAAAAUAAAAGUUUUCUUCUGACAUCAGCUUGUGCUUUGAGAUUACAGCUCUCUUAGUACAGUAUCUCGAACUGGAAGUGUUGUCAGGCCAAUCAAGAGCGAAGGUAGGUAGCCACAGCUAAUGGCAUCUUGAGAGGUACAAUACACAUCUUAUCGUCAUUUUGCAGAUAUUGUGGCAAAGGAGCUUCUUUAAUAUUCUGAAGCUCAAGUAAGAUAUCAUUAUGAGUAACUGUAAAAGAUACUAGAUGUUAAUUAACAUCAUAUGAUAUUAUUACAAAGUCUCAGCCUUAGAAUGUACUUGGAUGCAUAUGCCUAUAUACCUCAAUUUCAGAAACCUUUGUAUGGAAAAUUCUGUGAUACUGUGUCAUACAACACACAGUAUUAUACACCUAUAUAUUACAUAGGUACUGCAAAAUAUUAUGUAGCCCACUAUAGUAAUAUAAUACAUUUUGAGAUACAGUGAGAGGAGAUCUGUCCUCAGGUCAUGUUGGAUGUGUAAUGAAGUUAAGUGAGUAUAGUGAAAGUUAACUGUGAGCAUGUUUUCCAAUGUUUAAUAAGUCAGAUAUUAAUAGUAAUGAUGAAUGCAGAAUUGCCUAUUAAUUAUAAUAGCAUAUUGUCUAUUCUGAAGCUGUUUUUUUAUUGCUUGAAGUAAAUAACAGAGCUUUUGUUGGUUUAGUUUCAGAUGUUAUGGUUAGGUUAUAGUCUGUAUAAGUUGAGAACCACAGUUCUGGUAACAGAUGCAGAUUUUUAUACUGAAAAUUGUUACUAUUAAUGAUAGAAUCAUUAUGAGAUAGAUUUUGCCACCUGUAAUUGAUUUGUAUCAUAUCUUCUGAAAUGUAAUACUGAAUUAAUCAGCACUAUGAACAGUUAUGACUGUAAUCUAUACUUGCCUCAUAAGAGAAUUGGGAGAGGAUCUAACCAAAGUUAAUGUAUCGCCUUUCAUAUAUUUUGCACUUUGUUAGCUCAAUUCAUCUUGCGUUUCACCAAAAAAUAUUAGACCCCCUUUUAUACACUUAUGAUGGGUGUGUGAAAAUUGGGUUGUUAAUGAAAUAACUGAGCAAUGUGAGAUCAGUUCCAAAUAAAUCUCAUUUUUACUUAAAGUUUCAGUGGGCCUCAGCACUUGUUAACCACAACCUUGGCUUCAAUGUGCACUUACUAAACCAAACCUUAGACAUCCAUGAAUCUAUUUUAGUCCUUACCACUGCUUAUAGUGGACUUUGUAUUCCUAGCACUAUCAUCAGAUUCUUAUACUUUUCUCAGGUGCAGACUAAAACAGAAAACACUUUUGUGCGUACCAUGACAACAUCUGUAAGAGCAAAACCAUUCAGACUUGGGCUACAUCUAAGAGGCUGAACAAAGGAUAUUUUAAAUUUUUGAUGAAACAAUCAAAAUAGAAGUUGUUUUAAUGUGAAAAUAAAAGAUUGUUUUUACACGUGACUGUGUGUUUGCCUGGCCCUUUCAUCUUUGUUUAUAGCUUUAGACAAUAUGUGAUAAAUGUAGCUGUGAGGACAAAAGUCUGAGAAAAAAUUAGAGAAAAUACAAAAAGAAGGCUGAGAACCAAUGGAAGGGUUAUAGCCUAAAGAACGCUGGGUCUGUGUGCCAUAAAGUCUUUUGCUUGCAAUUCUGCUGUGUACCUGGCAAAGGUGCUGGGUGUCGGCAGACAGAUAAAAGGAUGGAUGGAUGAAUAUAGUGACAGCUUAUUGCAAUGAGUGGAGAUCUAU